CCUCGCCCCGCCCUCCUCGAAGUCAGAGGGUGCUGCGCGUGCGGUGGGUGCUGCUGUCGCCUGCCUGAGUUCUCAACGCGGUCUUUGUCCCCCAGCUUUGUUCUCGCCGCCCUGGCGUCGUCCUCGCCCCCGUCGCCGCCUGCCCCGCGCGCCCGGGCCUUGCCCGCCAUGGUGGCCAGGCCGGAGCCUGAAGUCGAGGCCAUGGACGCUGAGCUGGCGGUGCCGCCGCCUGGCUGCUCGCACCUGGGCAGCUUCAAGGUGGACAACUGGAAGCAAAACCUGCGGGCCAUCUACCAGUGCUUCGUGUGGAGCGGAACUGCCGAGGCUCGCAAGCGCAAGGCAAAGUCCUGUGUCUGCCAUGUCUGCGGCAUCCACCUGAACCGGCUGCACUCUUGCCUCUACUGCGUCUUCUUUGGCUGUUUCACGAAGAAGCACAUCCAUGACCAUGCCAAGUCAAAGCGACACAACCUGGCCAUCGACCUGAUGUACGGAGGUAUUUACUGCUUCUUGUGUCAGGACUACAUCUAUGACAAAGACAUAGAAAUCAUUGCCAAAGAGGAGCAGCGCAAGGCUUGGAAGAUGCAAGGUGUUGGAGAGAAGUUUUCAACUUGGGAACCAACUAAACGGGAGCUGGAACUGCUGAAGCACAACCCAAAGAGGCGGAAGAUCACCUCCAAUUGUACCAUAGGUCUUCGUGGACUGAUCAACCUGGGGAACACGUGUUUCAUGAACUGCAUCGUGCAGGCGCUGACCCACACCCCGCUCCUGAGAGACUUCUUUCUGUCGGAUAGGCACCGCUGUGAGAUGCAGAGCCCCAGCUCCUGCCUGGUCUGUGAGAUGUCCUCUCUCUUCCAGGAGUUUUACUCAGGGCACCGCUCCCCACACAUUCCAUACAAGCUGCUGCACCUGGUGUGGACGCACGCCCGGCACCUGGCGGGUUAUGAGCAGCAGGACGCACAUGAGUUCCUCAUUGCAGCCCUGGACGUCCUCCACCGGCACUGCAAAGGUGAUGACAAUGGGAAGAAAGCCAACAAUCCUAACCACUGCAAUUGCAUCAUUGACCAGAUCUUUACGGGUGGGCUCCAGUCUGAUGUUACAUGCCAAGUCUGCCACGGGGUCUCCACCACCAUAGACCCCUUCUGGGACAUCAGUUUAGACCUUCCUGGUUCUUCUACCCCAUUCUGGCCCUUGAGCCCAGGGAGCGAGGGCAGUGUGGUUAAUGGGGAGAGCCAUGCAUCCGGGACCACCACUCUCACAGACUGCCUGCGAAGAUUUACCAGACCAGAGCACUUAGGAAGCAGUGCCAAGAUCAAGUGUAGCGGUUGCCAUAGCUAUCAAGAGUCCACAAAGCAGCUCACCAUGAAGAAGCUGCCCAUUGUGGCCUGUUUCCAUCUCAAACGAUUUGAACAUUCAGCCAAACUUCGGCGGAAGAUCACCACAUAUGUGUCUUUUCCCCUGGAACUGGACAUGACGCCCUUCAUGGCCUCCAGCAAAGAGAGCAGGAUGAAUGGGCAAUACCAGCAGCCCCUGGACAGUCUCAACAAUGACAACAAAUACUCCCUGUUUGCUGUCGUUAACCAUCAAGGGACCUUGGAGAGUGGCCACUACACCAGCUUCAUCCGGCAGCACAAAGACCAGUGGUUCAAGUGUGAUGACGCCAUUAUCACCAAGGCCAGCAUCAAAGAUGUACUGGACAGUGAAGGGUACCUACUCUUCUAUCACAAACAGUUCCUGGAGUACGAGUAGCCUCCUGCCUUGCUGGCCAGAGAAAGAGAGAGAGAAAGAGAGAGAGCAAGUUGGCAAACUUCCCGACAUGAUCCCUGCUCCCCCCAAAUCAGAACACCAUGGCAUUCCUCCUGUGCAGGCGAGCCUCCCUCAUGGCCUGCACUAGAUGUGUCAGGUGGGAUGAGCAGAGUGGAGUGCGCCCUUGACGGAAAGGAGCUGCCUCCCCAGCACCUGUCCUUUGAGCCUUGUAGGCAGGGGAUGGAUGUCUUCAGAGCAGACCAACCACUCUGCCUGCUGCUUCACCCUGCCAUCCCACCUGCCUCCUUGAAAAUGAGCCCGUCAAAGCUGUAGAGUGGGCAGAGAUGGUGCCAGAGGGCAGAGUGCUUGCAGCCGCAGCCCUCUGGCAUGAAGGGCAGAGGGUGUGUCUCUUCUUUCUAAAAUUGUAAGAUAGCCCCCAGGCCCAGGUUGAGGCCACCCGCAGGCUACAAAUACAUCUGUCCUACAGAUAACUUAGCAUCAACUGCAUGUGGAAACAUCGGCUCAGAGGUUCCCUUUGUUUUCUAGAAGUAGGUGUCUUCUUACCUCUACCCCAUUGCUCUUUUUCCACGGUGGUGAGUUUCCUAAACGUGAUAGUAGUGAAGUGAAUGAUCAUUGAGUUAUACGGAAUUCUAGAUGAUCCUCUCCCCUCUGAGAGCAUGUCUUGCUCUUUUGAUCAGUGUUGUUUCCUUGCCCUUUGCCCUGCCUUCCUUCUCAUACAGCUGGUGGCCAGGCAGAUAUCAGAGUCCCUGGUAUCUUGAUCUUUGCAGUGGAUUCCUUGGUGGCUCCAUUGACCCAAUCCUCCCAUGUUUCUUCUUGGUCUCUGGUCUUUUUGCCUGCCCAGGGAGGUUUAGUGGCUGUGUGAGAUUUGAAGCUGAGUGGUCCAGGUGGAGACUGCAUUGCAUAGUGUCACCUGCUUGCCUCCAUUCUGUGUUCACUAUAGUUUCAGUUACAGCCAGAAUAGGAAGACUCCAUUACCAGUUCUGCUGGCAGGGUCAUUCAUGAAGUUUAUUGUAAGAUAUUUUGCAUGUAUCUCUGGACAAGCCUAGGUUGUCCACUUCUGAGCAACUGGAAUCUAGGGUCUUGGUGUCUCUCCUCAUACCACUGCCUUACCAGUGGUGCUUACCCAGGAGCCUGUUGGCACCCACCAAGGAGUUGCCCAUCAGAAUAGGCAAGUAUUUCCUCAGAGCCAGGCUCUGAGCCGUAGACCCAUAGCAGGUAACACGUGCAUCGUGUUUGCAUAACAAGUACGGCUGUGAUUUAAAUGACAUAUAAUUAUGUGUACAGAUUUUUUUUUUUUUUUUUUUUUUUUACUNUUUGAAAAUAAGAUUUUGUUUUUUCACUUACGGGCUAUAAAAGAGCAGUACAGGGCCCAGCCCAGCUCCUUAGCUAGCGAAUUGCGAUGGAAUGACAUAGCUGUGGCAAAACUAAGUGGCCACUGCUCAAUCGGUGUGAAAAAUCACUCGAAGUCAGGGGCAGCAGAAACUUUGUCAUGUAACAGUUGCCCUGUUCUCUAGUGUGUUUCUGUUUCUGCAUUUAAAGUAAAGAACAGACUUGAAGCAUGUUUUAGAAAAAUCCUCUUUUGAGUACAGCUGAGCCUAGAUUCUCAGACAUGGACCAUGUUUGUGGGACUCUACUGUGGAGAUGCCCCAGGGGCAGCACAUUGUAUUUGUGAACAAGUCCACAUGAAAAACUUCACUGCAGUUGCCACGGGAACCAGAGCUCCAAGCUUCCUGAAGGUCUGCCUCCUUGACACUCCAGUGAAUGGGGCAUCCAGAGCAGGGGAGAUGAGCAGGUGUGCUGGCCAGGCCUGCCUCCUCUGACCCCACAGCACACGACCCAUUUCUUCCUGUAUUUGGGGCACUAAAGAGGACAGCAGCUGUUUUCUGUCAAUGUGACUUUAACCUUUUAUAUCCGAAAGCAUUCUCCUUCACCAUGGUUUUAACAUUCUAAACACUUCACUCUGUACCUGUAGCAAGGUCGGCCAUCUCUAUGGCUGGCGCACAUGCAUCUGGCCCUCCCUCUCUGUCCUGGGGUCCUCAGCAUGCUGUCUCCACUGGACAGGCAUGUGUGGAUGGCUAAGGAACAGUUUAUUUGAGCAAUGGGCUUGGUUCUUUCAGUUGCCCCUCUGGAUAGCAAGGCAGGAAAAGGGCUCCCCAUCCUAGAACCACCUAGCAGAUGUGCUCAGAUGGUCACAGAAGUGCAUCUCACCACGGGGCUGCAUUGCCUACCCCUAGUCUAGAGUCGAGAGCAGACCUCUUCCAUACACUGCUGGCGCCAGCUUCACAGGAGACUAAAGUCCUCUUCAAAUGGCCUCAAUGAGAGAGUAGGGCGUUGGGAUGGAUUCUGCAGUUCCUCUCUUUACCCCAGAAGUCCCCUCAAGCUGGGCACUACCCGAGUGUCCUACACCAUGUGAACCUGAGUGCUGUAUUCGGCUCAGUGUGUAUGCUUUUCCUUGUGUAAAAUCAUUGUUCUUUUUGACAAGUGGCUUGUUUCAUUUAUUAUAGCUUUGAAAUAAAAAAUCGUGAGGAAAAAAAAAAUCCAAUGAUUAUACUGUGGUUAGGAGUUUUAUUACCAAGACAUUUAUGUCACUUUUCUUUCCCUUGUCAUUUUGAGGGGCUAUUUGACUCCUCCCUAAUGGCUUUUAGUCUUUCCUAUAUCAUAAUAAAGCUGCAUUUUAUUCUGAAA